UCGUCAUCGUUAGCAUUAGCAGCUAACAGAAGAGUCUUGUACUGAGUCAAAGGAAAGAACAAAGUCCGUUCCGCGGCGGGACAGCGGCCGUCAUGGCGUUGCUGUGGAGCCACUUGUGACAGACAACGCCAAGAUGAUGAACGACAUAAUAGAGGAGCCGGAGAAGGACAGCCUGCUGGAGGAAGUUUUGUCGGGACCAAGUAGUGGCACAAGACCGAAGACCACAGAUGGAGCCAUCCGACCAGUGGAGAAAAGAGGACCUUACAUCAUGUCCAGAGCUCCGGCCAUCCACCUCAAACUACAGAAACACAGGGAGAUGGCAAGGAAAGCCCUGAAGAAGAAGGCGCUCUCCCCGGGGCCCGCAGUCACACAUCAGCCCAGGCAAGGACCCAAGAGGACGGUGAAAUAUAACAAGGGCUACGCUGCUUUGAGUCAGCACGCUGAGGAGACUUUGAUUGCACUGGACUCAGACAGUGAUGAAGAGAUUGAUUUUGAGCAGUAUUCUUCAGGAUACUCCUCAGCUGAGGUCCAUCCUGAUCUGAGCAGGCAGCUGCUCCAGGACGGCUACCGCCUGGACGAGAUUCCUGACGACGAGGACCUGGACCUGAUUCCACCCAAAGCCAUGGGCUCCUCCGUCUGCUGCUGCUCCGAGGGCCCGUCCUGCCCCGUGCAGUGACGCCGACGCCACCGCUCCAACCUUCCACGAACUGAAGGCUCGUCUCAGGCCUCAGCUGACUUCAGUCGGCAGUACCUGACACCUGGAGGACUUCCAGCUCUGAAGCCAAACGGCUCUUUAACAUGGGGCCGCGCUCUGAAAUGGCUCCAACCCCACUGAGAAAACAAAAAAACACAACACAGGCAGACGUGAGAACAAGCCUUACCCACUGUGACCCCCAAAGCUUGACCUAUUUUUUUAUUUAUUCUUUGUUUUUAUAAAACUACAGGAAGCUCUGCUGCAGGCAGACUGGCAGUCAGUCACAUCUUGGGGUAUGCUCUCACUGAGUCUGAGCAGAGACCGUCCAUGUCUCUGUAAAACACAAACACCAACUAUUAACAAACUGCUACAUGAAGUGUUUUCACUGUUCACAUUCCUUAACUGCUGUUGCAUCAACUCUUCUUUAUUCUCACUGGUUACUUUUGAGUUUCCUUGGCUUUGCUGUGUUUCGCCCCUUCAGAUGCUCCCGAUCAGCUGAAUAUCCACUGUUGGUUCAUUGAUUGAGGGGCGUUGUUUCCACCUGUACCCUCUGGAUGCCUCGACAGGCCAUUAGAAACUCUUACAAUGCUGUGCAGAAGUUUUGGGAUUAACAUGACUUAAUGCGUAUUGUGAAGUAAACCCAUCUGAGGGCGAUCAGUAUUUGGUGUGAGCACCCUUUGCCUUCAGUUCUUCUCAGCACAUUUGCACAGUCUUAUUUAAAACAGGUCACACAGCUCAGCUGUAAUGUUCUGCUGAUGUGGUCUCGUUCAGAUCAUCCAGACUCAUAACCCUCUGAGAGUCUCAGUGUCACUUUCAGGAUCUCUUCUUCUUCUUCUUCACUCUGAGGAUCAUUCUCAGAUAGACUCUUCCUGUACUUACUUUUGUUGUUUUCCUGAGCUUUAGAACAAACAUGGAGCCGGUCAGACACAUUCCUGACGGUAUUACACGAUGGAUAAGUAGCAUUACAUCACACCAGCCUGAAACUUGUGCACAGUGCUGUAUCUGUUACAGUCUUGUCUCACAGUUACUGUUGUGUUAAAUGUAGGAAACUGUUACAAUUUUACUUUGAAAACAAAAAAACAAUGUUACGUGUUUGUAAACAUGUUGUGAAUGUUACAACAUUCUAGUCGAGGCAGUAAAACUUUUGGUUGAGGAAAUCAUUUUUUUCCCCACGACAUUGAUGGUAGUUACAUAAAUUCUAAAUGUUGAUUCAAGUUUUGUUUUAUUUUGGUGGCACAAAGGGAACAAAAUUCCCUGGUUGCAGCUUCUGGCCUUUUUUCUUCUUUCAUACUUCUUGUUUCACCUACAUUGCUUCUGUCAUAAUUGCUCCAUCUACAAGUGAGCGCCGCUGAUCUUGUUUUCUGGCUCCAGCACAUUAGCAUUGCAGCUAUUUGAAAAGCAGCCGAGCUGCGAUCUAAAAUUAAAUCUCCCUCAUUCCUUUGCCUGACCAGGAGAUAUGUGGAGUUUUCCUCCUCGCUCUCGCUCGUCAUGUUGCUGUUUGUGUCACAGAAUAUGAGCAGGUCUGUUUUUUUUGUUCACUUGUAGAUAUUCAUAAAACCUUUAGCCGCCAUUGAAAUUAACGCAAAAGAUAAAUUACAUUUAAGAAUAUUUGUCAAGCAAUAUUUGUUUUUUUUUCUUGUUUUUUUUUCUUCUUUUUUUUGUAUUGAAAUGGGAUGCUUGAGGAACACAGUUCAAACUGUCCAUGAUGGUCGUGUCGUGUUUCACUCAGAUUAUUUGAGGACGCUAAAAUAGUUACAGUACAACUGGAUACAAAGCCUCCGCGAUACAUGAUCUUUAAGUCAUCUGGCUUUGGACAGACAUGUUUGUGUUUUUCGUGUUUACUCAAAAGACAUGCUGAAAGUAAAAGAAACACUUUUUAUAUUGAUUUUUCUUUUCGGUGCGAGAAAAUGUGCAUUCACUCACAUUAGGAGUUCGGGUCUUGUCUUACUGUUGGCGUUCACGUUGAAAAUGUUGUGAGUGAGUGACAGCGACGACUUCCUCAGGGGAUUCAUGUGGGUUUGUCUGUGCACGAGAGAGGAAGCGCGCUGUUCACGGCGGCUUAUUAGGACCACGUGAGAGAAAGGAGCAUGACUUACUGAAAUGUCAGGAACAUUUUAGAUGUGGGGUUUGACAUUGGAAUUGGACGGUAACAAGGGUGCAAUGGUUUGCAUGUUCUUCCUGUGUAUAUCAUUGCAUUUUUUGUUUGUUUUUGUUUUUUUUCCAGUUCUACUCCCUCAGUCUAAGGAAAUGCAUGAUGAGGCUUGAACAGGUCAUGCUUUUGCUCGUUGGUCAUUCCAAGUUGAAAUUAUUUGCUUCUCAGACUGCAGCCCAUCUGUCCUUCAUGCUCCCUGACAACACUUUUCUUUUUCUUCAUGUAAUCCUGUCAUGCCAUCAGCGUUCACCGUUCGCAUGAUAUUUAUGUAGGCAUACAUUAGUAUUUUUGCAUUUCAGUAGUAAAAUGAAGGUGGUGUACAUGAUGGACCAUCGCAGGCAAACAUAGACAAAAACACACUCAUUCACACCUGCACGCAUUUUGACGUCACAAAGUAACCUCACGUGCAUUUUUACGGAUUGUGGGAGGAAACAAUCAUUUAGAGAUAUACAAACUGCACAGAAAACAUCCCAUAACUCAAACUGGAGACGUUAUCACUGAGGUGAGAGCGUUAAGCACUAUCCCUCCAUGCAGCCCUGUUUUAAUGACAGCAUCACAUCAAAGUUAGGAAUAUCAAUAUUCCAAUUAAUUUUUGUUUGAGCGUGAAAGCCUGUGGAGUUUCCAUGUUAUACAUAUGCAUGCAUGCCCCCCCCCCCCCCACCGCUUGUCAGUUGUGUUCCUGCUGUCAACUAUGAUGACACCGACCUGCAAAAUGAUGACUCCUUUCUCUUCACAUUGUCCUAAUGCGCUGUCGUAAUUUGCCUUUCACGUUACAUUUGUUAGAAAAGUGGCUACAUGUCCCACAGGAACAGAGAAACUCUUUCUCAACCUUCUCAUGUCUGAUUGGUCAGUAACUUGAAGUAUGUGCUGUCAAUCCACAGAAACUUAACGUAACUCCUCCAUUCACUCUUUUUCCUUUUUCUCUCAGGAGUUCUGAAAUGUCCUGACCAGAACUAACCUUGUUUUUACUCUUCCAACCUCUAAAGACCGAGUGUGUGUCCACAAGUUCCCCCUCACGCUGUGACACUGACCAUAAACUGGGACCCGUCGUGACGUUUUGUGUGUGUGGGGAUAAAUUUGGAACGUGCUCGUUGAGAAAAACAGAUGCCAGGAUGCUUGUGAUGUGGAAACGUUGGCCGUUUAAAAAAAGCUCGUUGUUGUGUUCCUGAUGUGUGUCGUACUCUCUCCUCCCAGCACUCCGUGGUUUGUCACAUGGGGAUGUAGGAAAGAAAAAACGCUGAGUCGGUUUUCCACCCGGCGUGAGUCUCGUGAUAGACGUGAGCGAAACGCUUUAAGAGGACCGGCUGGAGUUAACGCGUGUCGGCCCUGGUUCUGCACCUUGUAUAUUUCCAGUUUUUGCACUUAACACCAGUGGUCAGUAGCAAGUACACUUGGCUCACCCGUACUAUGCAACUGUUGGGACAAUCUGCUUGUUAUACAUGGUUGUGAAAAGGUUGUGUUACUGAGUGCUGAAUGCAAUAAAUUCCUUUUUUUAUGACGCUAAUCUUUUUUUUUAAUUUGAUUGUAUUGUCUUUUGGUUUACAUUAUUAAACUCGGUUAAUUCCA